AUGAUCGUCACGCGAUUUGGACGAAGGUCGACGACGCCCGAGGGUAGUAGGGACUCCCGCGGUAGGUUGGUUCUUCGGAAAACGUGGCGGAGCGUUGGUUACCAUGCAAUGCCAGCUGGGAUUGGUCGAGUUUGGUGGGCGAAGAGAGAUCAAUACUGGGAGGCUUUCGACAUGGAGAGGCGUAGGCCGGUGUGUUCACCACGAGGAACGAGGACCGGGAUUAACGGCUGCUACUGGCACGACCUUGAUUGUGACCUUAACCUUGAUAACGCCCUUGAGCGAGAUACAAAAGCCCGUCGUCGUCGUAUCGGCAACGACGGGAAUUUCCGCACCGGAAAAUUCGUCGCCACAUGUAACUCCCUGUAG